GUGUGUGAGAGAGAGCCGGGAUAUUUGGGAGCUGGACAGGCGCAGAGUACAGAGAAGGAAAAGUUCAGUGGCUGUUUGAGGAAGAUACUUCAGAGAUAGAAAACUUUUACACGGGCGAGAACAAGUUAUGGACUUUUGACUACUCGUCGAAUAGAUUCCUCUUUUUUGGCAAACGCGUAUUUUGAACCUGUGAAUCUUUACGCAGGAGAGGAGAAAAAAAUAACCUUAAAAAUUCACUGCCACUCCGCCGGAAUGUUUAGAUGACGACAAUGACUCCAAAAGGCUAUAACAUGACUCCCCUGGCUGAGCAGCCUGACCUCCCUCUGCUGUGUCCAGUGCUGUGGCUCCCUCUGCUGUGCGACUGAGGAAGGCCAGGAAUGGCAGGCAGUACGGGGAACACUUGGGAGGAUGGGAUGAACCCUGUCAUCGUCAAACACUACAACUACUCGGGGAAGUGGGAUCGACCUCGCAGCGAAGGGGCCUGUAAGAUGGCCGUGCUGCUCCUCAUCUGCGUGCUGAUUGUCCUGGAGAAUGUCACAGUCCUGCUCGCUCUCUACAGAAACAAGCGCUUCCACAGCCGCAUGUACUUUCUCAUUGGAAACCUGGCGCUGUCAGACCUGCUGGCUGGCGUGGCCUAUGUAGUAAACAUCUUUACCUCAGGUCCUAACACCUUCUUCCUCACGCCAGUGCAGUGGCUGGCCAGAGAAGGGAGCAUGUUUGUUGCCCUCAGUGCCUCCACAUUCAGCCUUCUGGCCAUUGGGAUUGAGAGGCACAUGACUAUGGUGCGUCUGCGUCCAUGUGAGACUGCAGGUCGUGGGAGACUCCUAGGACUGCUGGCAGCCUGCUGGCUCGUGUCAGUGCUGCUCAGCGCCCUGCCCAGCCUGGGCUGGAACUGCCUGGACAAUCUGGCCUCCUGCUCCACAGUGCUGCCGCUCUAUGCUAAGAGUUACGUGGCCUUCUGCAUCAGCGUCUUCAGCGCCCUGUUGGUGGCCAUCAUCAUCCUCUACAUCAGGAUCUACCGCCUGGUGACCUCUAGCGGCCGCAGGGUAAGCAGCCGGCCUUCAGAGCGCUCGCUGGCCCUCCUGCGGACAGUGGUUAUUGUUCUUGGAUUGUUUGUCAUGUGCUGGGCCCCCCUCUUCCUCCUGCUGCUGCUGGACGUGGGUUGUAGCCCUGAUAAGUGCCCUGUGCUCUACCAGGUGGACUGGUUCAUUGCCCUGGCUGUACUCAACUCUGCCCUGAAUCCUCUGAUAUACACUCUGACCAGCAGGGAGAUGAGGGGCGCCUUUUUCCGGCUGCUGUGCUGCUGUCAGACCAGCAUGGAGACCACUGGGACUCCUGUGGUGGGGAACCCCCACCUGGGCACGGUCAUCCCCACAGCAGAGAACAGCAAGACUAGUUUGGGUGGAGGAGGGGGCAGUGGUGCUGUCAAGCCCACACUGAAUAGAGGGAAGAUUCCCGCACCUAUGAACUCUGAAAACAAGCACGGAGAUCCCUCUGCCACCGCUGUGUCCCAUACCUCUGGGCCUGCGGACCUGCUCUCAGCUGUGCUGGUGAAGGCGGGGGCACUGCCACCCCUCAGCAAAUUCUGAGUGGAUGCACCUUAAUGAGGCCUCACGUAAAUGUAGAUGUAGAACUGACAUAGUCCCGCUAUCAGCCACUUUUUGUUAAUGCACUAUGGCCAGUGUAGCAUGGAUAUGAAUAGCAAAAAUAUUCAGUUUGAACCAAGUAAAUGUAGAUUGUAGAUUAGAGUACAAUCAAAUUCACUUAAAGCCACUAUUUACAAUAAUUCAGCAGUAUUAUUCACAACACUAGAAUGACUGAAACGUUGAGUUUGUUCUACGCAGUGAUUAACAUUUUGAAACUAUGAAAAAUAAGAGGACAGUUUUUGGACUUGGACUAAACCUAGCCCCAAAUUACACGUCUUGGCUUAAUCUGUCUGUGAAAUUUGUCUUGAGAAUAAUUAACUAAAUAUUAGUCUUGCAUCAGUCGAUAUGUUUUAUUUAAUUUUGUCAUUAUAUGCAGGAAAGAUCAAAAUGGGGCACUUUUUUGCAUGUGCUAUAUACAAGUACUCUUAAAAACACAGGCAUUUUCCAUCACAGUUUGACUUGGCAAACUAUUUAUUUUCUAUGAAAACAUUUGGCAUCUUAAUACUGUAAACUAUUUGGUAUAUUUUUUGCUUUGUGUGCAUAAAAUCCAUUAAUGGUACUAAGACUUUAUUAUUAAUUUUGUGAUGAUUUCAGAUGCACUAGCAGGAGAAAAGAAGACUAAAACUUUAUAUGUCAGACUAGCGGCCUCAUGAGGCUGUGAUGCUCAUUACACACCACAAAACAAAGCCGUCAGAUGGAUAGAUGACAUCACUAUUAUUAGAUCCUUACCAAUAGUGGGGAAGAACAUCAAGUCUGUCUUUUUAAGUAAAUCAGUAGUUUUAUUUUAGGGCCAUUUUUGGUCAUUUCAGGUUCAGCUCUACUUUAUCACACAUGGUUUAUCUUUCAUCAGUUUAAACACUACCGUGUCAGCAUCAGUUGAUCUGCAGGCUGAAUUAGUGUGGCUAAUAACUACACUCAUGGACAUUUUUGCUUCUCAUCAGCACAUCUAGAAACCACUCACACAUCAAUUAACCACUAGUGAACAGGAGUGUUGGAUGUGAAUAAUUUAAUGGUGAUAGGCUGUAAAUGAUGUUUCUGCCUGGGGUGAUGUAUUGCCUGAUACAGCUAUAUAGUAAAUAAAAUAAAAUCCUAUUCCCUUUUA